UCUUCGUCUCAUCUAGAGAGCUAGAGAAAUAUUCAGUGGUCGGAGAAUGGCGUCUCUCAAAAUUCCAGCAAAUAUUCCUCUUCCCGAAGAAGACUCCGAGCAGCUCCACAAGGCAUUCAAAGGAUGGGGAACUAAUGAAGGGAUGAUCAUAUCAAUUUUGGCUCAUAGAAACGCAACGCAACGCAGUUUCAUUCGUGCCGUUUAUGCUGCUAACUACAAUAAGGAUCUUCUCAAGGAAUUAGACGGAGAGCUUUCUGGUGACUUUGAGAGAGUUGUGAUGUUGUGGACUCUUGAUCCAACGGAGAGAGAUGCGUAUUUGGCCAAUGAAUCUACCAAAUUGUUCACCAAAAACAUUUGGGUCCUAGUUGAAAUCGCUUGUACUAGACCUUCUCUUGAGUUUUUCAAGACCAAGCAAGCAUACCAUGUUCGCUACAAGACCUCUCUCGAGGAAGAUGUUGCAUACCAUACAUCUGGAAAUAUCCGAAAGCUAUUGGUUCCUCUUGUGAGCACCUUCAGGUACGAUGGAAAUGCUGAUGAGGUCAACGUGAAGCUGGCUAGAUCCGAAGCUAAGACACUUCACAAGAAGAUCACUGAGAAGGCUUACACUGAUGAAGAUCUCAUCAGAAUCUUGACAACAAGGAGCAAAGCACAGAUCAAUGCAACACUCAAUCACUUCAAGGACAAGUUUGGAAGUUCCAUUAACAAGUUUCUCAAAGAAGAUUCGAACGAUGAUUAUGUUCAAUUACUCAAAACCGCGAUCAAAUGCUUGACAUAUCCAGAGAAGUACUUUGAGAAGGUUCUACGUCGAGCCAUCAACAGGAUGGGAACAGACGAGUGGGCACUUACUAGAGUGGUCACUACAAGAGCAGAGGUCGACCUGGAGCGGAUCAAAGAAGAAUACUUACGCAGGAACAGUGUUCCUCUUGAUCGAGCCAUUGCUAAUGACACUUCUGGUGACUACAAGGAUAUGCUUCUCGCCCUUCUUGGACAUGACCAUGCUUGAAACAACAUCAUCGUUUCAUAGUCUUUUAUAAGACAGUUGUUAUUUGUUUUUCAUUUUCUUUGAACUUUGGUCCUUAGUUUUUACAUUUUACUGCAACAACUUAUUCUGGUUU